AUUUAAUCCCCGAACUUGGGAUGCUUAAAAUUAGAAGCAACUACAAUUUCCCAUUCCAUUUUCCAACAUUAUACUCUUUGCUAAUGGCUACUACACACACACUCCGUAAGAAGAACGCCGUUUACCAGAAUAAUGUCAACAAGCGUGGCCACGUCAAACCUUCUUUGUUCAAAAAGAAUAACAAGGACAAACUGGGUUCUCCUUGGCUGUACGUUAUUUUGGCAGCGUUUUUAAUGGGAGGUGUAUUGCAAUUUCUCCAGAUUUGGUUUUCGUAAAAGCGAAUCGGCCCAAUAGAUUCCAGAGUUUUGUGUCAAUCAUCCGUGGUUGAUUGUCUGAGCCGGUAGACCGUCAGGCUCAUUUUUGUAAAAUUUGUAUAGCACCACCUCAACUCUUUUUUCCCGCUUUUUGUUCUUGUUCACCCCACCCCACCACCAAUCUUGUCACCAGGAAAACCGCCGAAAACCAUUAGGAUGUGUUAUUCUGAAAACCGCAAUCAAUAAACUUCCAUUUGGUAUCUCGAUG